AUGUCACUGCCCUUGAAGUCUUCUGCUUCUCCGUUUGCUGCUGCUGCACCUGCUGCUGCUGCACGGCCAACAGCAGCAGCAGCAGCAGCAGCAGCAGCAGAGGCAGGAGCAGCAGCAGCAUCAGGAGCAGCAAAAGGCUUUGCUUCUUUUGCUGCGCGGCUGCAUGCGGGGGCCCGCAGCAGCAGCGAUAUAUUUCACUCUCUCGCGGGUCUGAUUCCUGCUGCUGCUGCUGCUGCAGAUACAUCAGCAGCAGCAGCAGCAGCAGCUCCUGCUGCUGCUGCUGCAGCACCAAAUGAACAGCUCAGGAAGCCCUUGGCUGCAGCAGCAGCAGCUCCAGCCGAGCAGCAGCAGCAGCAGCAGCAGCAGCAGCAAGAAGACCUGGAUGACUUGGAUGGGCCUGUGCUGCUGCGGCAGCUGCAGCAGCGCGAAGCAGAGUUGCUGCUGCUGCUGAACCGCAGCAAGCAGCAGGAAGCAGCAGCAGCAGCAACACAGCAGCAGCUGCAUCAGCUGCAGCAACGCCAACACCAGGAGCACACUCUGCUGCUCGACGUGCUGCAGCGUUUCGGCGUUGUUGAAGAGAAGUUUGCUGCUGCUGCUGCUGCUGCUGCAGCAGAAGACCCCUCUACCAGCAGCAGCAGCAGCAGCAGCAGCAGCAGCAGCAGCAGCAGCAGCAGAGACAUCGAUGUGUUUGUAUGCGCGCAGCGCCUCUCAGCACAUCUGCUGCGGCUCGAAGCAGACAGAGAAGCUCUUGCUGCCUUUUGUUUGUUGCUGUUCCCCCGUGAUGGUUUGCUGCAGCUAGUUGCUGCUGCUGCUGCUGCUGCUACUGCAGGGGAUGCUGCUGCUGCAGCAACUGCUGCUGCUGCUGCUCGAGCAGCACCGCAGCUAUCUGCUGCUGCGCUGCACCGCAGAUGGCUGGAGACAGAAGAGGAGCGGCAGCUCAGCAGCAGCAACACGAACGCGCAGCAGCAGCAGCAGCUGCUGCUGCUGCAGCAGCAGCAGCAAGAACUGCAGCAGCAGCAGCAACUGCAGCAGCAGCACGAACAAAGGAUCGAAGAACUGCUGCAGCAAAUCGCUGAACUCACAAGGGAGAAGGCUGGGCUGCUGCUGCAGCUGCUGCAGCAGCGAAAGGCUGCUGCUGCAGCAACAGCAGCAGCAGCUGCUGCUGGUGCUUGUGCAGGCGAAGCCUCAAUCAGCUGCAGCACAUGCAGGGCGCUGCAGCUGCAGCAAGCUGCUGCUGCUGCUGCUGCUGCAGACACACAGCAGCAGCUCGAUGAGAGCAGCCCUGAAGCUGCAUGGAUGCAAGAACCCAGCAGCAGCAGCAGCAGCAGCAGCAGCAGCAGCGCGGAAGUAGCCGAUGAUGCUGCUGCUGCUGCUGCUGCCAUUAGGCCUGACAAUGAAACUAGUGAAAAGCAGCAGCAGCAGCAGCAGCUGCUGCAGCAACUGCAGCAGCUGCAGCAGCAAGUGGAAUCCCUGCAGCAGGAGGCGCAACAGGAGAAGCAGCGUGCUGACGGCCUGCAGCAGGAAGUUUCUCAGUUGCAGCAGCAGCAGCAGCAGCACGAGCAGCAGCAGCAGCUGCUGCAGCAGCAGCAGCAAGACCUUGAGGCCCACCGGCAGCAAGCACGAGCUCUCCUCCUUAGUAAAGAAGCAGCGCUGGAGAAGCUGCGGCAGCGCCUGCAGCUGCUGCAGCAGCAGCAGCAGCAGCAGCAGCAACAGCAGCAGCAGCAGCAGACGCAGCAGCAGCAGAACGUCUGUGAGUCGCCGCAGCAGCAAAUGCUGAUGGAGAAGCAACGGCAGCUGGAGGCUCUGCAGCAGCAGUAUGACCUGCUGCAGCAGCAGCAGGAGGAGCAGCAGCAGCAGCUGCAGCUGCUGCAGCAGGAAGUAAUAAAGCUAAGACGAGAAUCGCAGCAACCCGAGCCCUUAAACGGCAGCAGCAGCAGCAACAACAACAGCAGCAGCAACAGCAGCAGCAGCAGCAGCAACAGCAGCAGCAGCAGCAGCAACAGCUGCAGCAAACCGCCCCCACCGCCUCCUGAUGCGCUUCCGCCUUCAGCAGUUCAGACGCCCCAAACAAACAGCAGCAGCAGCAGCAGCAACAGCAGCAGCAGCAGCAGCAGCAGCAGCAGCAGCAGCAAGCAGCAGCUGGAGUAUCUGAAGCACGUGCUGUUGAAAUUUAUUUUAUUUAAGCAGCGGGGUGAUGCUGCAGCGCAGCAGCUGCUGCCUGUCCUCACCUCGCUGCUGCAGCUCAGCAGCGAGGAGCAGCAGCUGCUGCUGCAGCAAGAGGCUCAUACCUGGUGGCCUGCAUAG